AUGUGUCGGUGCAGAGGGCGAUAUAAACGAUAUAAGGAAGCGGCUGCCAUAACCGAGAGUCUUUUAAGCAAGCAAAGAGCAGGAGAAGAAGAAGUAGAAGAAGAAGAAGAAGAAGAAGAAGAAGAAGAAGAAGAAGAAGAAGAUGAUGAUGAUGAUAAUGAUGCAAAUACCUCAACUCUAAUCAGUCUAAGCGACUUGGCAAUUACAUACCAGCGGCAGGGACGAUGGAAGGAAGCAGAAGAGCUAAAUGUGCAGGUCUUUGAGCUCCGCAAGAAGUUUCUUGGCUCAGAGCAUCCUGACACACUGAUGCUUGGCCCAGAGCAUCCUGAUACUCUGGCAAGCAUGGCCAAUCUAGCAUGCACGUAUGGGAGCCAGGGACAAUGGCUAGAAGCAGAAGAGCUGCAAGUGCGGGUCCUUAAGAUGCGUAAGCAGGUGCUUUGUCCGCAGCAUCCUGACACUCUGCAAAGCAUGAACAACCUAGCGCAUACCUGGCACUCCGAAAGAAAAGUCCACGAUGCCCUAGCUUUGAUGGAACGUUGCGUAGAACUUCGAAUCCGAGUGCUGGGCUAUUCUCAUCCCGCUUCCGAAUCCUCGUCUUUCUAUCUCAGAGAUUGA